GUCUUAUUUGUUAUUUGUUUUGUCUCCAAUGGCCUGCCUUAUUCUCUUAGUGUUCACUGAUUACAGGACCUGAUAGGCUUCCAAUUCUACUGAUAAUUGAACUGGUCCAGUGCCUUGGAACCCUAGUUCCUCCUCUUCUUGGACUGGAAAUCCUGUGGUAAACUAAUGGGAAGAAAACCCAGGAUGUUCCCCAAAGGACGUGUAACAGCUCCGUUCAGCUCUAGCCACUUAGAUGACUCUUCACUGCAUACAAUCCAAUGGGCCAAAGCUCUUUUGGGCCCUGAGUACUUUCCGAAGAUUCCACAGACCUGUGAAUGUCAGAUGCAUCUACCAUAUCUCAGUCAGAAACCCACCCUACUACCAGUCACUGACCAGUGUUUUGAGAUUCCACAAUGGCCCCAGGCCUGGUCCGGGACUACACUGGCAUGUCCCAGUUCCCAGGAUAAGGCUCUACUGCACUCCAAGAAUGAGACAGGAAUGAUUACUUCCUUAUCACAAAGUUUCAGCCACUCUCCUAGGGCCAUAAUGACACCAUUGCCAUCUCUGAACCAAGGGUCUAGGGCCAGAGCUAUGAUAAUAUCUGAGCUGAUCCCCUGGGUUCAGGUCUCCACAUCAAAAAUAUCCCAGGAUAACAUGGACCCCAGGUUAACCACUUCAUUACAAUGUCCUGACCACCCCUCCGUGGUCAGAACUGGAUCGUCUUUGCAAAACAAUCACUAUUCCAUGCUCACAGCUAUGUGCCCAUCACACCCCAAAUAUCUGAAUAAUUUCACCUCUUCAGAAUCUGGAAGGGUCACAGCCAUAGCUAGAACAUCAUCAGGUUCAAAUUUCCUAACCAAGGCAAAAACCCUGCCAUCACUAAGUCAGGAACACCCAGUACAAGGCAGAGGUGGUUUUUCUCUUCCCAAGGGUGAAGUCCCCCUUCCAUGUGAUAACCAAAUACCUGAGGCUUCACUGACAUCAUCUUAUAAGUUUAAGGCCACAUCAAAACCAUCACCAUAUCCUGACCUCCAAGCCAAUCACCCAUCACCCUUUGAUCCUUGUGCUUCAGCCCAGGUUCCAUCUAGUUUAAAAAAGCAAGUUACAAACGCACCAGAGACUGGUCCCUGUGAAAAGGCUCUACCACACAUUAAAUAUAAGAUCACAAAGGUACCACUUUCCAAGAAUCAGGCAGAGUUGGCUCCACAAGGAUUAAACCAUCAGGAUAAACUAGCCAAGGACCGGACUACAUGUUCUGGGCUUCCAGGUUCUGAUCUCUCAUUUACAAUUCCAUCAGUCCUAAAGCAUCCGUCUGAAUUUUUCCAGGAUUCUGUUCACCAAGACAUACCCACUUUGGUUCCAAGGACUUGUGCCAAUGUGCCAUUAAUUCCCUGUCAAGAAUCCUCAAAAACACUCAGCCCAGACAACCGGAUUGAAAGAAAAUUAAGGCCUGAUGCCCAGGAGAAAUCUUUACUAAGUUCUAAACACAAAGAAGAAGCUAUUUUGAACCCUAUCUGUGGACCACUGUCUCCAAAGGGCCCAGAUUGCCCACCUUCACCUUCAGUAGGCCUGGACCACCAGCUGACAGUUCCAUCAAACCCAAUCCAUAAAAUCCAAUCUGAAUCCUACUCCAGUCACCAGACCCCAAUUAUCUCUAGCACUGACUGCCACAAUGAUAUAUUAAAACCCAAUAGUCAGGGUACACCAAAAUUAGCUGAUAACCACUGUGAAUCAGUGCCAUUGGAACCAGCCCAUCAGGACAUCCUGCAACCUGCUGUGGAUCACCAGGCUAAGUCUAUGGGAGACUCCCAUCCUGAAAUCACACUCCAAGUAUUCCAUUUCCAGUGGAAAACAAAGACUAGAACAAAUAAAGAAAGCCAGAUAGCCCCUCUAUUAGACAAAGACCUGCAUGCUAACACCACAGAAGAAUCUAACAACAGUCAAAACAGGCUUGUAACAGCCCCAGAACACUGUAAAACACCUAAACAGAGCUCUUGGCCCUGGCCCAUACUUGGACCACAUCCCAGUCCUGAAGCUCUAAAAGGCUGUGAUAACAUGACCAAGAAGGCUCUGAGCACUAACCAUCCAGAUGAGGCUCAAUCUACCAAACAACAUAAGAUUCAGACUCUGCAGAAUACUGAAGCCACGUGGUGUUUUAAUCACAUCAAACCAUAUAUCAUUGAUGGGAAGGUAGUCAUCCCUGCUAUAACUGUGAAGAACAUCAUCACUUCUAUCCCUCAGGAAAAAAUUAAAAAAGACAUCUCUAAGCAGAUUCUCCUACGUCGCAUGAAAGGAGCCACCCGUCGGCCUGGCCGACGUAUACUCUCCAGUUAUAGAGUUUGCUUAGCUUGUGCCUCCUGGAUCCCAAAUGGCUGUCCUCACAUUCAGGGAACAAAGUAUUCUGGUCAAGCACUAUUAUUAGUCAUACCUAGGCCUCUACCUGGUUCUGAAGAAGAGAUGGGCUUGAAAUUUGUCCUCCAUCUGCCCCAUAUAAAAAAAUCUUCUAUUCGUAACAUCCCAUCCACAGUUUGUACACAAAAUCCCUCAGGUGUUUCACCUCCCUGAAUAGAACCAGGAUCCCCUGAUGAUUUCACCGUUUAUCACCAACUAUAAAUAGGGGUCACCAUACUUAACAUUAUGUUUGGCAAAUGAUCACAAGUGGUGAAGAGAAAAUCAUGUCAGUAAGUUCUCAUUUGGAAAAUGUCUUAGAAAAAGUGACAUUAUCAGUGAAGAAACAUGAGAAGGGUCUCAAAAGUCACUUGGUGAUAUUACAAAAAAGAAAGGAAAAUAAACUGAACAACAGAUUCUGUCAUG